AGAGAGAGAGAGAGAGAGAGAGAGAGAGAGAGAGAGAGCCAAGAGGGAAUAUUUUGAGGGUGUUUAAAAGGGUGACCUUAAAAGGGGUUCCAAAGGGUGAGUUACUGCGACCCUUUGUGGUGUCUGUGGCUUGUGUAGGGCGCUGACCAUACAGUGAGGCCUGUCCACCCAUACCACCACCACCACCGCCACCACCGCCACCACCACCACCACCGCUACCACUACUACUACUACUGUUAUUGAGGAACUGAAAUUAUCUAAAGUACUACCGUUACUACUAUCAAGCGGAGGAAUCAAGCCUUGUUACUACUACUACUACUACUACUACUACUACUACUACUACUACUACUACUACUACUACUACUACUACUACUACUACUGAAGAAGAAGAAGACGACUUGAUAUCAGCACUUGUUCCACCACCACCACCACAACCUCCACUACUUCCUCCUCCUCCUCCUCCUCCUCCUCCUCCUCCUCCUCCUCCUCCUCCUCCUCCUCCUCUUCCGCCAUGGGCAAGAGAAAACACAGGACGUCUCACAAGAAGGGGCCAGCGGCAGCGGGAGGCUUAGGUGGACCUCCCCCCAGCAGCGAGGGCCAGCGGGAGGCUGUCAUCACCCAGGAGAACACUGGCAACAACAGCCCACCUCUCUCCCCAGCCUCCACCCACUCAGAGGCGUCCCUGCCUGGCCUGAGCCAGGAGUGUGACACAGCAUCUGGGGAGGACACCACCCCCACCACCACCACCGCCAGCACCCCAUGUGUGACCUGCGUGAGUGAGCUGCCCAGUUCUGCCUCCGAGGCGCCCCACACCCAGCCCGGUGCUCACCACCACUCACUCGGGAACUCAGCGUCUGAGUCAGUGAGUCAGAGCGUUACCCAAAAUGGGGUCGAGAAAGAUUCUGAGUACGAGAGCGCUGAGGAGCUUGACUCUCCACACCACAGUUCACCUGAGGAGGCUCCACAGGCACCCAGCACCUCUGUACUCCCUGAAGCUGAAGGUGUUGCUGGGGAGGAGUUUGCAGGGGAAGACUCAGCCCACCCACCCCUAGAGUGUCUCAGUGAUGGCCAGACAGAGGCAGCCUUUCCCUCUAGUGUUGUGAAUGCCCCCUUGGAAAGUGACCAGACUGUUGGCCAUACUGUGAAUGGUGUAGAAAGUGAUGCUGUAGAAACUGUCCCUGUUAUCUCUGACACCACCACCACCACCACCACCGUUCCUGUGAGUGUCUCGGAUACAGCGCCUGUUACUAAUGGAGAAAGUGAACCACCUGUCAGUACUGUGUGUGAAUCUGUGGUGACGCUAACCAAGAACGAGGUUGUUGAGGAGUCAGUUGUAGAAAACACAGUCUUGGUUGACCAGCAGGUGAUUGCAGCUACACACCCCACACCUGAGAUUGAUAGACCAGUUGAUGUCAGUGAAAUCAACCUUGAGUUAGUGACUUCUGGUGAUAAUAGUAACACUGACAGUUGUGAACCUCCUGUGUGUGUCUCAGUGGAUGUGAGUGAAGCCAAAGAAACCAGUGAUCAAGCAACACCAAGUGGAGAAAGUGAACGUGUGCUUGAACCUCCAACAGAUCAAGUGACAGAGGAAUCCUGUGUUCCUGAGGCAAGCCAGGAGACCAGCAGACCAGAGGACUCAGCCCAGCCACCAGCAGAGGAAAGCAUUCCUACACCUCAAGAACCAGAGAACCUAGUACAGGAGAAGCAAGAAGACACACUCCAGUCAUCAGGUGAAGAAACUGCUCCCAUACAAUACCAAGAAACAGAAUAUCUUGCUCAGAAGCAGGAAGACAUACCACCUCCAUUACAGCAGGAAAGCACCUCUGUCCCUCACCAAGAAACAGAACACUCAUUAGAGGAGAAACAAGAAGCAAGUCAGGACACAACAGACUCCCCUGUUGCUCAUAUUGCUGAACAACACACAACUCCUGAGGAAGCCGUCACAGAACACAAGGAAGAGUCCCCACCUCCCAUCCCACCACCAGACCCUGACGACAUCCCCAUCGCACCAAAGAAGGGAUACAACCUUGAUUUUCUUGAUUACUUGGAUGAUCCGGACUUUAAUCCAUUUGCCUCCAAGACUGCCAUCAGGAACACCCCUCCCCCCAGCCCUGAGCCAGGUGUGAAGCUUCCUCCCCUCAAGCCGGCCAUCAAGAAGAAGGGUAAGAAGACCGCACAAGCUGCUACUAAUCAAACCAGCAGUGAGAGCACUGUAUUAGAGACCAACGUUGAAGAUUUAUCAAGCGUUGACAAACCCAGUGAUUCCUUUCAACCAUCUCAAGAUUCCAGUAAGGUUCCUGACACCAAGGAAGAAACAGAUCAAAAGGAGAAAUCUGUUCUUGAAAUUUCCCUUGAUGAUAGUGACACUCCUAAAACUCCAGCUAAGCCCCUGAGGAAGCCACCACAGAGGAGACCACUCAAGAAGCCACGACCUAAGCCAGAAGUAACUGAGAAAAACAACAACAGGGUAGAGAAGGAGGACGAGAACACAGCACCCAAAGACGACAACGACAUCCCCAUCCCUCCAUCGAAAGGUUACAAUUUAGAUUUCCUGGACAAUCUUGAUGACCCAAAUUUCAAUCCAUUUGCAAGCAAGACUGCUGUAAGGAACUCCCCCACUGAAGGAGCUGCUUUCCCUGCCUCUCGAAGCUCACCAGAGAAAGCAGAGGAACCAAAGCCUAAGGUUACUGUAGCUAGAAAGACUUCACCAAAGAAAGGCUUCACAGUACCCAGGAAAGACAGUGGAGUGAAGAGUGACUCACCUCAACCCAGUGAAAAUUCUGUCAGUCAAGCAGACAAGAAGCAGGAACCAGUAGAAGUCCCUGAACCCUGCAAACCUGAACCUAGUCCUGUAGAAGUUCCCAAGGAGGAGAACGAGGAGGAGCUACCAUUGCCUAAGAAGGGAUACAAUCUAGAUUUUCUGGAUGAUCCCAACUUUGAUCCUUUCCAGACUAGAUCUAGUGUAGGAGGCAAGGCUCAAUCUGGUGCCAAAAGUGGUGGUGAUAAGGAUGCUGCAAGUGCUGUGAUAGAGGAUGUAAGUGCCAAGGUUGUAGCAAGUAAAGGUGAACCAGAAACUGUUGUAAAUAGAGCAGAAGUCCCUGGCAAGGAGACUGUCCCAGAAGACUACAAACCAGAACCAAGUCAGAUUUGUGUAGAUAAAGACCUAGUAGAACCAGAAAGUCAGGGGGUUGCAGACAGUGAACCAGCGUGCACUGAAGAAACCCCAGAACCAAAGAACCAACUUGAUGAAACGCCAGAAAGCUGUGUAACCAAAGACGUCAAUCAAACCAAUCAAACCGCAAAUCAAAACCAGGAAUCGUCCCCGUUGCCAGACUCAGAGAACAACUGGAGCACCGAGGAGACAGAGAGCACUGAGCCGCACCUGGGGAGAUUCAAGACCCCCUCCAUAGGCACCAUUGGACAGCUUGACAGCCUUGAGUUCGACCAGCUACUGGAACACGAGGCAAGCAGGAUAGCGGAGGAGUUUAUGAACUGCUCGAGAGAUUCUGGCCUAGCAGAUUACGACGAGAGCUCUGACAACCACUACUCCACCAUGGCAGACACAAGCUAUUCCAACCUCCGCCAUGUUGACGAGAACAUCAACCCAUUCCAGAAGAGCUCCCAGUUGGCCCACUCACCGCCCCUGGGCAAGAGAGGAGCUGUGUGUGGUGCUGAGGCAGAUUCCCUUGGCCUCCCCUUCUCUUCCAGACGCUCCCUGAAGCGAGACAUUGUCAUGGGCGAGGAGAGACUGGACACCUCAAGUUUAGAAGACGACUCAGGAAUUGUUCUCGGGUCGCGGUCUGACCUGGAGACAGAGGUGAACCACAGCGAGGCAGGACCCGAGAUAGCAACAGGCCUGACCUCUAGUGACCUGCGAUGUGCCUCCCAAUCCAACUCUGACGACCUUGAGGAGGAAUUCUAUGACCAAAUAACGGACGAAGAAUUCCUUUCCUCGGAGACAUUCUUCAAGGAGGCGACAGAUUUGGAGACUCACCUGCGAAGGAACCUGGUGUCGCCACUCCUCGGAAGCCACAGUAAGUUGAGUGGUGAUGUGACGCCCACCAAGGACAAAAAGGAACCACCUGCAGGAGCUCCAGAAUCACCACAAAAUAAGCCCGCCCCGUCCACCUCUUCUCCUGCACCUCCCCCACGGGAGGAGAGGUCAGCCCCUGAGGGCACCAGCAGCCCCAGCCCUCGCCCCAGCGACACUGCCGAGCGCAAGUCCCUCUCAACCCGCCCCACAUCGGCCCCUCCUGAGGGGUAUAUGACUGCCAGUGAGGUUCAGGAACUGUUGAAGCGACAGGAACUCAAGUUUGAGGAGAAACUCCUUCGUGUGGAGCUUGCAGCCGGAGAAAAGGAGAAGAAAUUACAGCAAACCAUGAAGGACGAACAGAAAGAAAUGGCAACCCUGGGUAGCUCUGUGGCAGAGCUCACCCAGUCCCGUGAUGCCCUGCUGAAAAUGGUGGCCCAGUACAAGGGCAUGCUGGCUACCCUGGUGACAGAGAAGGAGAAGGAGAAGAAGACGUCGGAUGAGAAGAUCAGCGCUCUGGAGGGGGAGAGAGAUCAGGCCCUGGAGGACUUGGCCAAUGUGGAGGUGGCCUUCUCAGAUGUCCAUAGGAAGUAUGAGAGGACUAAGCAGGUGGUGGACACCCUCAAAAGGAAUGAGGAGACUCUCCGUGGCGCUGUGGCUGACUAUGAAGCAAAAUUAAAGAAACAAGAACAAAAAUUCCUUGAAUUCCAAAAGCAUGCUGAGGAGAAAAUACAAAUGGCUAAUGAGGAGUUUGAGAACAUGCGGAAAUCCAAUGAGCAGGAGAUGACCAAGAUGGCUGCCCUGCUGAAGAAGGCAGAGAUGAAGAUCAUGUCCCUCCAGGAUUCCUUUGACCGCAAGACCCGAGAGAACCAGGAGCUGACCCAACUCUGUGAUGACCUGAUCAACAAAGUGGGCACGUCACACUGAGAAAGGGCAGCAGCGGCGAGGAGCUGCUGGUCCUGCAUGUCCUUCCUCAGCAGGUGGUAGGAAGAAGGUCUUGAAGUUUUGCUGUUCUGGGAGUGAGUGAGAAUUGUUGGAUGUCUGGAGGAUGUUGUGAUGGGAAAGUGUUGUCUCUGUCUGAGGUAAUUAGGCAGAGGUUUUGAGAUUCUGGGAAGAGGUGUUUGUUUAUUUUUCUUGAAAGGUAAUUGUGCUUUUUUGGCUGAAGAGGGAAAAGUGUAAAGGAAAUUGACUCAUAGGGUGAAAUGGAAUGUUUGACAUGGAAAUGUUCUCCCCUGAAUAGUAAAUUAUGACUUGAGACACUGUGUGUGUGUUCACGUGCGCACGCGUUCGUGGAUAUGUGCAUGCAUGUGUCAAUCACUAUAUUGGAAUCCAGAAUUGACAAAAUGGGAAGAAAUUGUAAUUAUUUCCCUACAAAAAGGACACACAAUUAUUGACUACAUAAAUAUUGGACACUUAACAAGUGACAAGUGUGUAUGCAUUAAAAGUCAUCACACAAUUACUGAAGGAAUAGAGAUAGGCAGAAUUGAGAUAAAGAUCUUCAAUACUGCAAAAAACGAAUAAGAAUUAGUAAAACACAAAAAGCAUUGUUAAGUUGACAAGUCACUCAUAAGUCAGGCCAUGAGAGCAAGGGAGUUGUUUCCUUUCAAUCCUUGUUGGUGAAACCUUCUGAUGGUUCUGUUAAAGAGUCAUUUUAAGGAACAAAUCAUGAAAUCCUUCAGCAAAUUGUUCUUGAGUUUCUGACAUACCAUCUCACUCACCUAGUGAUCUGACAACUUGAGAUAUAAGAUUGGAUGCAUUUAAUUAUUACUCUUAAUUUCUCUGUAUGUAGAUGUGUUUGUGUGUGAGUUUUGAGAACACUUUAAACGUUUAACUUUUGUUUAGAAGCACAACCUACACGAGGAAGAAACAGCCUCCAAAUAGCAUGAAUCUUGGUAAUGAGAGGCAAGUACAGUAAUGGCCAGAAGUCAAGUAACCUGUCAUACUCACUGGCAACUGUUAGACCAUCACCAGAUCAGAGGGCAUUGGACAGAGGGAGAACACCAAGCAUAGUGGAAGGGAGUGUGAUAUGUUACUCCCAUCAUUGACUAUGAGUGUAGCAAGUAACUAGUGAUUGUAGGUGGAGUUGCCAACCAAACUGUCCUGCAUUGGUUAGUGUUAGGAGGAGAGAGGCAGUGAGUGUGAUGUGUUGCUCCACUAUUGGCCAUGACCGUACCAAGUAACCAGUGAUCAUAGGUGGAGCUACCAACCAGACUGUCCUGCAUUGGUUAGUGUUGGGAGGGCAAAGGCAGUGAGGGGUCCGUGCUGUGAUAGAGGAGGGUAGUCAGUUUGUCAGGAGUCGCCAUAUACUAUUAAGCCUGAUGUUUCAAUAAGCUGACGAUAUCACUUAGUUCUUAAGCCGUGCACAAAGGCGUGCUAUCCAAAAAAAGUCUUUAUAUAUAUAUAUUAUGUACAGAUAAAGAAUAAAGAUAAGAGGUGCAUACAUUUAAGGUUUUGUACAUGAUAGAGUCUAAGCCACGUUUCCCAAUCUUUGUUUGCAUACGUUAAUUUGAAAUGUAUCUGAACUGGCCAAACUAGGAUAUAUUCUUUUCAUUGGCUGACUCUUCUGUUCCAUUACAAUUUGUUAGUCUUUACUCUGGUUCGUCCACACGCUGAUACGAGUAGGUAGCUGUAGUGCUGAGUGUGACAUGCAACAGAGCCUUUCCAUCAAGCUUCAGCACACAGGGACUGGGCUGUGCUGAGCCUCCACUACCACUCUCAUGGCUCAGUGCUUGGCUCAGUACAACUCACACCUCACUGGGAAGGAAUACUUGAUUUGGAGUUAUGUUUAAUGUUAGUUGUUGCAAUUCAAAUGGUCUAGCUCUUCUGGUUUUGCUUAAGAAAAGGUCCUAUGUGAAGCAGAGCAUUUGUCAUAAGAUCAUAGUAUGUAUGGACUGUACAUAUAUACAGCUGUUCCCUGUUAUAUUCCCUUCAUUCUUCCUCCUGUAAGUUUACUGUUGAAAAGUUCCCUCCUAAACAUAUCCUCCUUCAGCCUUGUAGGUGCAGUCAACAAAUGAAAUACCUGCUUGUGUGUGAGCUUGUAUCCUGUGUAAGGUGUCCACAUCCCAGUGUGUGAUGCAUGUCAUGACAGUGUAGGAGGCAUCCUCUGUUUAUUCAAAUACUAGACAAUAUAUUGAGGAGCUGCUUUCACAAAUGCUGAAGAUGUGAAGAUCCUUUUCUUUGUUGGCUGUACACUCUUCAGGAAUAUUUUUUGGUAUAUCCCCGUUUGACACAGAAAUAACAAGUUACAUGGAAAUCAUUAACAAGAUAAAGGUUUCACUGUAUCCCUUUGUGCAGAUUGGUUGAACCAGCUUAGAAAUAACCCCCAGUCCUUGCAAGACCACAAAGAACACUGUAGCUGAGAAAAUAACAUUGUAUCUGCUUUGCGCUGCCAUUGGCAAGCCGAGUGUAAUAACUCAGGCAUCCUCCAAGGCUCUAUUACACAUACAUGGUUCUCUUAGUUUAUGCGCAGAAAUCGUGCAGUUCUUAUUAUUCUUAGUUGAAUCUCAUGUAAAUUUGUGCCUUAUGCCAUACAGAUCCAAGAAACAUUUAAAAUGUGUAUUGCCACUUUUUAUCAUUGCAGUCAGACCUGUCUUUGAUGUGGCAAGCUGAAGGAGGCAAUAAAGCAAACGUGUGCUGCUGCCCCUGGUGGUGGCUGACGGCUGUUGUGGGACAAUUACAGCUGCUCCUAGCAUGGCUGUACUUGAGGGACACAAUACGACUUGCAUAUUGUUUCCUUCUAAUUUUUCCACAUCAUCUAAACUUAAAUCUUAAGUUUCAUUUUCCUUAAACUAACCAAACUCCACUCCUGCCACAUAAAUGCAAAACAUGCCAGCAACAUGCUGUGCUGUAAUAACCCAUGAAGGCCCACGGGACCCACCAGCCACUGCAGCAGAGGCACAGCCAACCCAUUGCUACUGUGCUGUUUCACUCACUGCAGUUUAAAAAUUCUGUCACUUGUAGCACUUGCCAUAAUUUAUUUUCUUCUGAUGUAUGAUUUUCCUUGAUUCAUGAUAUUCAUGUAUCAUAGAGAAUAAACUUGUUUAACAAAUA